AUGUCGAUUGAUACCCAACCCCGCAAAGAUGACGACGACGGCGACGACAAUCACGUCGCCGCGAAUGCUGCGAGACAAGGAGGCGGGAUUGCUUCGAUGAACUUACCGUCGAUUCUAUACGAUGCGGCAGAGACAAACCCAGUUCUGGGUUCUGUGGCCAAGGAACCGGAUGGACAAGAAACCACCGACGGCAAAAACGCAGACACUAAAGACACUGAGACCAGAGACGACAACGACGACGACGACGACGGCAAAGUCGCAGCGUUCCUGGAGAGAAACCGACUCCACCCCUCCGCCAUCACGGCAGCGCACGAGUUCGCGCAGGCAAUGUUCCCCAGGUGCGAGGUGGGGAGGGCGCCGUUUCAGGGGUACUGCUCUUACACGCUUCUCCUGAGGCCGCUUGCCGGCGGUAGUCGUGUAAGCCAGGAAACUACAGCUACAGGAAGACGCCGGCGGGAUAGCGGGGUCGAGGCCGGCGGAGGGGAAGGGGGAGGAAGUGAAGGGAGCGGAGAGAUCCAGAGCCAGAGCGAGAGCGGUACGAGUUGGAAGAGCGGCGGCAGCGGCGGCAGCGGCGGCGGCGGUGGUGGAAGACUCGUUCAGUUCCGGCCUAGGAGGCACGGUAUCGAUUUUGAGAUGUGUGGCGAGGCUAGGGGUGUGCUUGGGGAUGGGGUCGUGCCGGGCGUGGGGGAGCUUGGUGUUUUGGAGGGGCUGGAGACGAUGACUCCGGCGGCGGCGGCGGCGGCCCGUGGCGGGAAGGGGAAGAAGGACGGGGAGUUGUGCGCGUAUCUUCUCGAGAGGGUCGGCGGUGUCUCGUUGACGGGGUUCCGGAGUCUAUCCGCGGGUCUGGAGACGGAAUCGAGGGCUUCGAGGCGGAGGCUCGUUGCUGAUCUUGCUGUUGUCUUUGCGGAUUCGUGGAGGGGCAGGCGGGAGGGUUUCGAUGAUGGACACGGACACGGGCACGGCCAUGGGGAUGCGGGCGGCAGAGGGCGCGUGGGAGGGAGUUUGGCGUGGCGGUUGGAGAUUAUGGAAAAGGGGUUGCCGUCGGAGUUUAGAGACGUUGUGAGGGAGGUCAGGAGGGAUCUAGGGGAUAUCGAGGGCUUGCCUUGGGUUGUCACGCAUGGGGACCUCGUGCCGGAUAAUAUAAUGGUUCAUCCGCCGCGUGACGAUGGCGAGGGCGAGGGAGAGGGUGGCGGCGAGGCGUGGGUGAGGCGGAAGCUGGGUUGGGGAAGGGAGGAGAGGGCCGGCGGGCUGGUUGGGUUGAUUGACUGGGCCGAGGCGGAGUGGUUGCCGUUCGGGGUGGGGAUGUACGGGCUCGAGGAGGUGUUGGGGGAGGAUGUUGUCGUUGAUGGGAGCUGUGAUGUUGACUUUGUUGGUGGUGGUGGUGGUGGUGGUGGAAGUGCUGCUACUACGAUUACGACUACGGCAACAACUACGACGAUAAGGACGUCGUCGAUGACGAGAUUCGAGUACUACCCCGAAGCAGCCUCCCUCCGCGCACUCUUCUGGGACGAGGUCGGACGUGUGGUGGGUGAUGAGGAGGUCAUUCGCCGGGCGAAGAGGGCUCAGGUCCUCGGGGUACUGCUCUGGAGGGGCAUUGCCUUUGAUGAUGGUGCGCUGGAGAGAGUCGUGGACGGGGAGAGGGACGGGUGGGACUUGCAACGCUUGCGGGUUUGGGCUUUUGAGGAUGGGGGGCUCGGGUUGACUCGUGGGGAAACCGAGGUUGAGGUGGUUCGGGGGAGGAGGAAGGGCGAGAAUAGAGGUAAUAGACGGUUGUUGAAGAGAGUCAUGGGAUGGAUCAGAGGGUGCUUUAGGGGGUUGUGA